AUGUGCUCACCCAAGCUGGCAUAUCUUGCUGAGUGCAUUGUGCUGUACUCAUGCCUCUGCGGUAUCAUGAUGCUACAUAGUCCUAAGUUGUUGGAAAUGCUCGCCAACGCUGAGCUUGCCGAAUGCAUUGCCCUCAGGGCCUUGCAAGACCGAGAAGACGCUGCCGCCGCACCUGCGUGUGCCGAUGCCUAUGGCGACACUGGAGACAGACCGCAGCAACCGCCUCUCGCGCAUGGAGCCUGGUCUUGGCCUUGUCCUCGACCUGCUCCCCAUCAAAGUGGUCUCUCCUCCACCGUCCUUGCGCGCGCACACGCAGCUGCCCCACCACCGACACACGCGCUUUCCGCCACUCACACGCACACCCCCCAUACGCACUGGCCCCGCUGCACUCCCCCGCAUCCCCAAUCCUCCCUUUUGUUCCUCCCCAGCAUGACCACAACCAGCCGGAACGGCCCCUGCGUGCUUCUUCCCCUCCACAACAUGCGCAAAAUGUUCCCCAUCCUGCUUAGCCUCGUCUACAUGCACAUCGCCCCGCGCGACCUCUCCGCCCUCAUCCGUGUCAGGCACCGCUUCCGCACCGCCGCCCACAGCGUGCUCUACCUCUCUGCGUGCCCGGAACACACGGUCGACCAGUGCAUCACUGUGCUCGCGUCUGCGCGCGACAUCGCCGAGCUCAUGUACGAGUCUACAUGUCUACCGGGUGUUGAUCAUAUCUUUGAGCUCAUCCUCGACCGAUGUAUUAGCUUGUUGGUUUGA